AUGGGUGUGAAAAAGGUCUCAUCAAUUACGUCAACUAAGGAUGAUACGAAAAACAUUUACAAAUCGAAUCGUCGUUACACAAAUAGAAAUUCUAAAAGCUUGAAUUUUCCUGAAUUGGACGUGAAAAUAUCAAAAGUAUCCACAGUUUUACUAUUGUUACAAUCGAGUGAGCAUGAUUUGGUAGAAAAGGCACUUCACCAUCUCGAUAAAUAUGCAUCAUUGGGAAAUCAUCAACUUUAUGAGCUUACAGAGAAUCACAUCUACGAACCUUUGUUAAAGCUCAUCAAAUCAGAAAAUAUGAUUGUUAAGAAAUUUACAUUCAAAUUGAUUGUUCAACUGAUUCUUGUCAUCGAUGAGUGUAGGAAGAAACUGCUGACUGAUGAUGGCUUGAUUGAGGAAACGAAGAAUAUUUUUAUGGCAUCAAUGGAUGACAAUUUAGUAGAAUUUUCAUGCAUAAUAUUGCAGUAUAUAAGUAAUGAUUUAAAGCAGAUCGAUAUAAUAGGACGAGAAGAGGCAUUUUUGAGAGAAAUUUUCAAGAAAUUCACAUCACAUGAUCCUGACAUUCUUCUUCAAUCACUUCGAUUGUUAAAUCUCAUUAUACGAAAUUCCAUGUUGAUAUCAUUCAUUUUAACAAUGAAAGAUUUUCCAUUCAAGAAUCUUCAGAUUGAGCUUAAAAACGAUUGUCAACAGAUUCAAAUGGCUGCACUUGAAAGCUUAUUGAUUAUCUCGAAUUGUAAACAUCCAUUCAGAAAUGAAUUUUCAUCUGAUCGAUUGAUAGAAGAGAUUUAUGGGAUGUGUAUGCAAUCGGAGAACCUUGAACUACAACAAAUGGCAUUGAAACUUUACAAAAAUAUCUGCAGGAGUGACGAGAAAUUGUUGGAAAAACUUUCUCGACAUCUAACGAAGUUUCUACAAAAAUUCAUGGAUAUAAAGAAUGAGAAUCGGGAGGAGACUUUGAGCAUCCUAAUCGAAUUUGCUGAAUUGGAUGAUAACAGGAAAAUUAUGUGCCAAAAUGAAAUUUUUAAAGAAAUUUUCACGUUGAUAAGAGAAAAUUGUUCAAUUGAAGCUUGUAAUUUCGUAUCUGUUAUGUCAACAAAUAUUUUAUGCUUCGAGGAGAUUUUCUCUCAAAAUAUUUACGUAAUUCUACUCGAUGCAGCCAUGAGUAAACGAAAAAGUUGGGAAAAUAUAUCAACAGCUCUUUUGACAUUUCAAAAACUCGUCAAUCUUCAAGGUCUUCAGUAUCUUGAUGAGAUUUCUGAAAAUAUAAGCUGGAAUGUUGCUGCAAUUAUAGCUGAUUCUCCACCGACGUUCAUUAUUCUCACACUAAUUACAAUUUUAGAGAAAUUAGCUUGCUAUUCAGAAGUGAAAAUGAAAAUUUGUGAAACAAACUCACUGUCAAAUGCAGUCUAUUCAACUCUUAUAUCCUCGAGACGUUCAACGAAACUCAUGAUUCGAUUAUUUAAUCUAAUUGCAAAUUAUAUUGAUCAGAAAACUUUUCGCAUUUCAUUCAAUGAAUUUGAAAUGUGUGAAAUAAUUCAAUAUUAUCUGAAUUCGCAUGUGAAUCAAAUGAAAGUGAGUGUCUGCAAUCUAAUCAGUAUGUCAUCAAACUAUCAAGAGCUUGUCACUAAGAUCAUUGAUAGUGGAAUUUUAAAAAUUUUACACGAUAAUUUUGACUGUUCAAUAUGCUCAGAUGGAUUUGAAGCGAUGCUGAAUUCUGACAUGUCAUUGAAAUUUUCUGUGAGGAGAAAAUUGGAUAUGAAUGAUAGGAUUAGAAGUGGAUUUUAUGCUUCGAAAAAUCCUCGAAUUGAUUUCAUGAAAUUAAGGCAAAUAAUGAGUACAGAAUUUGAGUCACCGUUAUGUCCUGUUUAUACAAUUAAUUUAAGUGAUGCUGUUGAGUUUCCAAAUUUUGGACGGAAAAUUCAAAAGGACAGAAACUUAAUAGAGCUCAAAAAUGCUUUAUAUGAUGAAGAUUUCAAAAUUUCUAGUGAUCUUGAAAAAGUCAAAUUUAUUGCAAGAUUAGUUUCAAGCUUCCUGAAAAGUGACGACGACUGCAUUAAUCAUCACUUAUCAAUGCACCUGAAAACUUUAAAAUUCAAAUUCUCAUCCUCAAUUUUACCAAUUGGAAGCUUAAUUUAUGGCAAUUCAUUUGAAGCCGCACUCUUAUUUAAAACACUUGCUGAUCACGUCAAUCUUAAUGCAUCACUCGUGGCCGAUAAAAAUGGAAAAACGUGGAAUGAAGUUCUCGAUGAAAAUAACAUCGUUGAUUUAAUUUUUGAUAUUGGUGAAUUAUACGAGUUCAACAGCAUCGCAGGUCAAAAAUAUUUGCAGAGAAUCUCAUAAAUUAUUGAUAGACAUCCGCAGGAGAGUAACAUCUGAAGAUAAAAAAAAUACGUGGAUAAAGAAGAAAAAAAAAUAAUAAAAAUUUGUUGUUG